AGACCGAAAAUAAUUGUAAAACAAAUAAACCUACCCAACGGGGGGGAAAAUGUAUGCUUGUAUUUUGGUUUUUUUUUGUACGUUAAAGACUUACAAGAAAGUUAAGUAUGAUUUGUUUCUUUUUACACAAGAACAAAAGAUUUCAAUGCCACCAUAAACGCUUUGUAAUGUUUCAAUGCUAACGCUUUGUUUGUGAAAUAUUUCAGCUGAAAGAAUUCACGCGUGGAUAGUGGUUGGAAGUUGUGGAUUACUUCCACAAUCGUAAGGAUUUCGAAGAAAUCGUAAGGACCGUGAUUUGCUUGUGAAAAUUUUCGAAGGAAUUGGUCUUUAAGCUUUGAAGAGAUCGGUUUUUCGUUAGGAAAAAUGAGCGACGAAGAAGUUGAUUAUAGCGCCGUACCGAAGCUGUGGCGUUUCUGCCACCCGAUGCGGCCUCCAACACCGCCCCCAACGACCAAGAACGAAGACGCGUCGAUUCAACGUCGCCGUUACGAACUACGCAAUAUGAGUCGCAUGAACUUGAAUAGAGGGCCUGCUGAUUGUAGCGCCUUACCGAAGCGGUGCCGUUUGAGCCCAUCCGCAUUGACGGCAUUCCGACCAUCGCCGUGGAGGCUGAUAUGUAGCGGGCAAGGAAAAAAGGUUACAAAGAUAACUUCAGAAACCGAAGAUUACUGGAAAUAUGUUCGGACGACAGAGUUAAAGGAAGUAGAGAUGUGGACAAAUGUAUUAUUCCGUACGGCUGACGGAACACCAUUCACUUUGUGGAUCAUCCGUGAACAUGUCACACAUGAAGAGACGGUAGUGCCGCGCGAAUGUAUUGAAAUCGUUGAAUUAUCGGACGAUGAAGAUGCUGAGCAACAAGCUGGCCUGGAAAAUGAAGAUGAAAAUGAUGCGCCAGCAGAUAGCCCGGAUAUGAUGAGCGAUUCGGAAAAUAUGUCCGAUGCGGAAAAUAUGUCAGAUUCGGAAAAUAUGUCCGAUUCGGAAAAUAUGUCCGAUUCGGAAAAUAUAUCCGAUUCGGGAAAUAUGUCAGUUUCGGAAACUAUGUCAGUUUCGGAAAAUAUGUCAGAUUUGGAAAAUAUGUCAGAUUUGGAAAAUAUGUCAGAUUCGGAAAAUAUGUCCGAUUCGGAAAAUAUGUCAGAUUCGGGAAAUAUGUCAGAUUCGGAUGAUGUUUCGGACAUCAGUGUACCAUUCGAUUCAGACGACGAAUAGCAGGACGACGGUAGAAGGGUCGUAUAUGGCCUUGGCCACCUGCCCAUUUAAUUUAUAUUCUUAAUUUAAAGAUAAUCUGAUUUUGCAAAAAGCAAAAGAAGAUUGAUGGACAACUUCACAAGUUCCUAUAUAAAUUAGCAUUAAUAAACGAUUCAACACG